UACAAAAAAAGGGGGCUUGUUCUUAGCGGACCGGCCUGCCAUUUUUAACCGUGGGUGUGCGGGCGCCGAGCGAGAGGCUCGACACGGGAGUGAUGGGAGCAGAGAGAGGAGACAAGCAGCAGCAGCAGCAGCAGCAGCGUCCUGCCACAGCCGAGCGGAGCAGCAGCAGCAGCAGCAGCAGCAGCAGCAGCAUCGAGUCACCGCGCAACAACUGAGCCAACCUGAACCCCGGAGCCUCACCCGUCCCUGCAGCGGGAGCCACACACCUGAGGGGCCGCGGAGGACCCGCGGGAUACACCGCAGGGCAGGGGGGCGAGCCGCCUGACAAGCCCGGACCAAGUCCCCUCGUUUAAAUCAAAUGAAAUCUAAAUUAAAGCAGCGCUUUUCUUCUUCCAACGCACAGCUCAGCUUCUGCAAGUGCACUUAAAGACACUGUGCAGCCUCCUGGCUGACACGCACUCGGUCUCUUAUCACCGUUAGUUAUCAACUGUCUGAGUCGGAGCACUGGGGUUUAUUUCUUCUUCCUCCUCUUUUUUGUUGCACCGUGAUGGACAAUUCUACUUGGUGAAGAAUGCGUCUGCAGCCGCUCUGUCAGCUCCUCUGACCUUCUGUGGAUUUCGCUGAAAUCUCCUGGACUCGAUUUUCGAAACAUUCAAAACACUUUUUCACGAGAUCAGCUGGACGUCUUGGCUCCGACAGGAACCUUUAUUUUCACUGGAAGGGCUUUUUAUCUCCCCCCCAGCCUCCAGCAUGCGACCCAUCCCAUCCAGACUCAGCUAUCUGUUACUACACUUAUUUGCGUUUUGCUACUAUGCUCAGGUAACCAAUCAGUCCCCGCCUAAUUUCACGCAGCAUGUAAGCGAGCAGAGUAAAGUGACGGACCGCGUGAGUCGCAGGUUGAUCCGGAUCUACCAGCUGUACAGCCGGACCAGCGGCAAGCACGUCCAGGUCCUGCCCAGCAAGAAGAUCAACGCCAUGGCCGACGACGGAGACGUGCACGCUAAACUCGUGGUGGAAACGGACACGUUCGGGAGCCGAGUGCGCAUCAAGGGGGCCGAGACGGGCUUCUACAUCUGCAUGAACAAGAGGGGCAAGCUCAUCGGCAAGAAAAACGGACACGGCCGCGACUGCAUCUUCACCGAGAUCGUCCUGGAGAACAACUACACGGCGCUGAGGAACGCCCGCUACGAGAGCUGGUACAUGGCCUUCACCCGCCGCGGGCGGCCGCGGAAAGGCUCGCGCACGCGCCAGCACCAGCGCGAGGUCCAUUUCAUGAAGCGGUUGCCAAAGGGGCAGCAGCCCGCCCACUCGAGCCACCACCGGCCUUUCGACUUCAUCCACUACCCCUUCAGUCAAAGGACUAAACGCACGCGGUACUCAACGGAGCGCUGAGGAGGAGGAGGAGGAGGAGGAGGAGGAGGAAGUUAGAAAAGACAGAGAGAGAGAAAGAGGAAAAACUGACAGACUGACUGAAUUAGCAGCAGCCGACACACUCC